GUAAAAGUGAUAAAUAAAAUACUAAAAGUAGUAAAAUAAAAUAGAAUAGUAUAAAAAAGAAUAGUAAACAAAGAAUAAAAAAAUAAAGAGAGAAAAAUUUCUUUCCUUUCAAAAAUAAUAUGUGUUCGCAAAAGAUUUUCAUGAUAUUAUUAUUCAGUGUGACGUUGAAUUUUGAAUUUAACAAUGGAUACAAAAUCCUUGGCAUUUUUCCAUUUCCGGGGAAAAGUCAUUUUGUGAUGUUUGAACAAAUAAUGAGGGAACUUGCGCGAAAGGGACAUAAAGUAGAUGUCAUAAGUCAUUUUCCUUUAGAAAUUCCCCAAGAAAAUUACCGUGACUUCAGUAUUAAAGGCACUGCUCCAGAAACACAAAAUAAUGUCACAUUUCAAAUGAUAGAAAAUAUAUCGCAAUUUUUUUGGAUCAGAGAUUUCUUACAAGAGGAAAUGAAUGCACUUUGUGAUAUUCUCGGACAUUCUGUGUUGCAAGAUUUUAUUAAAGGACCACUCAAAAAAACAUCCUACGAUCUUAUUGUUGUCGAAAUCUUCAUGAAUCCUUGCUUUCUGGCAUUUGGGCACCACUUCAAAAUUCCAAUAAUCGGAGUGACAAGUAGUAGUCUCUACGAAUGGAUGAAUGAACCUUUUGGCAAUCCAUUGAGUACAUCAUUAAUUCACCAAUCGAAAAAUGACUCAUUUAUUGUAAAUUUUUUCAAGAGAUUAAUCAACACUGCCAGUACAAUACACGCGAAAUUAAUGUUCGAUCAUUAUUCGCAAGAGCAGAAUAAUUAUGUGAGAAAAUAUUUUAAUGAUGAAAAUUUUCCCAAUAUUAAUCAACUCGAAAAAAGUGUUGCUCUAGUUUUGGUCAAUUCACAUUAUAGUUUAACGGGCGUCAAACCAUUGACAACAUCAAUUGUGGAAGUUGGUGGAAUACAUAUUCAGGAAGACGAAGAAAAAUUGCCCGAUGAUAUUCAAAAAUGGCUGGACAAUAGUAACAAUGGAUGUAUUUACAUAAGUUUCGGAUCAAUGGUUCUUUUUGAAACAUUUCCAAGGCAUUUAAUUGAAGCCUUUUACGAAGCAUUUCAAAAUUUACCACAAUUUCGAUUUUUAAUCAAAAUUAAAAAACCCGAUGAUUUAAAAUUGAAACUUCCAAGCAAUGUCAAGACAUUCUCUUGGCUUUCGCAAUCACUUGUAUUUAAAUACAAAAAUAUGAAAAUAUUUAUAACACACGGGGGAAUGAUGGGAGGAUUGGAAUCAAUUUUGAACGGAAUACCAAUGAUUGGAAUACCAUUGUUUGCGGAUCAAUUAUCGAAUCUGGAAAAUUUGGUUCAAAGAAAAAUUGCCAUUUCCUUAGAUUGGAAAACUUUGAAUGGCGAACAACUUAUAAAUGCCAUAACGGAAAUUUUUCAAAAUUCUGUGUACAGAAAAAAUGUAAAUAAAUUAUCAAAAUUAUACAAGGAUCGACCAUUGAGUCCUUUGGAAACAGCAACUUUUUGGAUUGAAUACAUUGGAAGAAAUGGAAAUGUACUUCAAUCGCCAGCUACAAAAUUACAAUGGUGGCAGUUGGAACUUUUAGACGUUUAUGGAUUUUUGUUACUAAUUACUUUUGCAAUAUCCUACACAGUGUAUUUCAUUGUUGUAAAAUUAUUUAAAUUCUUUAUUUUUAUUACGUUUACCAAAAAUUUAGAGUCAAAAAAGAAGCAAUAAAAAA